AUGAGCAACGAACAAGCAAACGCAGAUUCGUCAGAGGGAGGAGGCACCUCGCCAAAGAACUUUCAUGUUUGGUGGCUGGUUGGUUUCUUCGGAUUUGACGCCGUUGUUUCGAUUGUUUUGCUUUUACCUUGGUUUCCAUGGAUCCCUCAAGCGGAAGGUCUAAUGUCAGAUCACUACACAUUCUGGGGCUCUCUUGCGGAUGUGGGUUUACUGGCAGCAAUUCGGAUCCUUUGCGGGCUGGUAUCGUUGGUUGUUUCCUAUGAAAGGGCCCAAGUCCGUCCAGAGUUUCAGUUUGAUUUGCGUCAUCCCAAUGGCGACAAGAAAUCGCGAGAGGAACUGGAAAUGGAAGCUUUAGAAGAGCCUUUCUUGCCAUGGAUCAAGCGCUUCAUAUCCAGGCCUGCAUUUUCUUGUGAACUCUUUUGUCUUGUGACACAGUUCCUGUCCAUUGCCAAGUGCCUAGCCAGAUUGGACGUUGAAGUUGGUCUCUAUCAAGAUUCCAAACCUAGCCACCCUUUGUUCUGGAUUACUGUGGCUCUGGCCAGUUUCUUGUCGGUUGUGGAAAUGUGCUACAUUGAUUCCAUGAGUCAAAAAGCAGCAGGAUAUGGCAAUCAACUUUUGCAGAAUGAACGGCCCACCUUUUUCCGACGAGUGGGAUCACAUUUGUCCAUUCCACUUCUGUCCGAUGACGGACAAGGAAAUGACGAAGAAAGGAUCAAUGGAACGACGAACGAUGAAGAGACUGCAACAAAUGGAGAAGAAGAACAAUCCGCCAAUGAAGUUGUAGGGGCCAGCGACAUUUCAGGAGAUGCCCACUACAAAGCAGGCUGGAAGGACUUGCUCUACAUGUGCUACCCCGAUAUUCAAUACAUUGCGGUGGCAUUCGUAUUCUUGCUCCUCGCGGCCGUUGCACAGGUGUACAUCCCAAGAUUCACUGGCCAGAUUUUGGACGCAUUAGCAACUGCUUUCUCUGGAAAAGGCGACCAUGGAGACAAAUCCAUUUUUGAUGUGCCUGGUUUUAUCAGCAAUGUCAAACUCUUAGUCCUGUCAUCGAUUCUUUGUGGGCUGUUUUCCGCAAUUCGUGGCAGCAUGUUUACUCUGGUGGGAGGGAGAGUGAAUGUCAGGUUGCGUGUGCAGUUGAUGGAUUCCCUGCUCACUCAAGACGUUGGCUUUUUUGACACGACAAAAACGGGAGACAUCACCAGUCGAUUGAGUAGCGAUACUACACUAGUCGGAGACCAAGUCACUCUGAAUGUGAACGUCUUUCUGCGAUCAGUCGUUCAAGCAAUCGCCUUGAGCAAAUGGUAUGGACAGUUUUUGAGAUCACUUACGAAGCUGAUGCAAAAGAAGUUGGCUGACGGGAACAGUAUUAGUGAGGCUGCUAUUGGCUCUAUGCCUACAGUACGGGCAUUUGAUGCGUCCGAAGGGGAGCUUCGUCUUUUUGAAGGAUUCAUGCGCCAGUAUCUUGAUCUGAACUUUCGAGCCGCUGUGGCAUAUUUGGGUUAUUGUACGAUUGUAACGGCCUUGCCGUACUUGGUCAUUGCUGUGAUUGUCUUUUAUGGCGGGUUGUUGAUUAGGAAUGGGGACAUGAGCAGUGGGGAUCUUGUCAGUUUCAUCUUGUAUCUUCAAUCCCUGUCAGACGCUUUUGCCUCAAUUGGCUACAUCUUUUCCUCUUUGACUCAAGCAGUGGGAGCUGCUGAUAAGGUAUUCGAGCUGAUGCACCGAAAACCAAGGUACCAUGUUCCAACAGCCGACGGGGACACUCAAGAACCAGUUUCUUCGCACGGCGCUGGUGGUAUCACCGGCAUCACAGCCCUGAAAACGACAACUCACAGAAAAAGGGGACUAUGUCCCGAGUCCUGCCGGGGUGAAAUAUCCCUUGAAAAUGUGGAGCUGUUCUAUCCAGCCAGGCCACAGCGCUGUGUUCUCAACAAUCUGUCAAUGAAGGUCCCUCCGGGAUCAGUGGUUGCCCUUGUGGGGUCAAGCGGUGGUGGCAAGAGCAGUGUCAUGAGCCUAGUUCAGCACUUGUAUGAACCGUCUAAAGGCCGGGUCCUCUUGGAUGGUCAUGAGGUGUGGGAACUGUCACCAACAUGGCUCAGUCGACAUGUUUCCAUAGUUUCACAAGAACCCACUCUCUUUGGGCGAUCCAUCAAACGAAACAUCAUAUAUGGCCUUGAAGGGUCGAGCAGGGAACCCACAGACGAAGAAAUUAAAGAGGCCGCUAGAUUGGCGAAUGCGUCAGCAUUCAUUGAAAGCAUGCCACUGAAGUAUGAAACCGAAGUGGGAGAACGAGGGGUUCAACUGAGUGGCGGUCAGAAACAGCGUAUUGCUAUCGCGCGAGCAAUCAUUCGAAGGCCUUCCGUCUUGCUUCUCGACGAGGCGACUUCGGCGCUCGACAGUGAAUCUGAACACAUGGUGCAACAGGCAAUUGAUCAAAUGAUAGCCAGGGGAAGGGAGAAAGAUGGUGCUGAUGGCGGAGGAAUGACUGUCAUGAUUGUGGCGCACAGACUUUCAACAGUGCGAAAUGCAGACACCAUUUUUGUGGUGAAGGAUGGCCAGGUUGUCCAAGUUGUGUCGUAUGGGAACGAUAAUAGCACGAGAAAGACUGUCUUACACAGUCUGCUAUUACUAUACUAUGCGUGCAUUCAGAACGGCCGUCGAGGGUAG